CGAAACGCUGCAGUUCAGUUUCGUGAGAGGAUUAGUCGCGAGUGGUCGUUUUAAUCUUUCUGUCGAUGAACGUUUUUCGAUCUGUUAGUCUGAAACAGAUUGAUGUUGAAAGGUUUCAGGGGGUGGCGCUAGGAGAAUAUUCGUGGGUUGGGUGAUAACUAGAAAGCAUACUAUCGUAGCAGUGGAAGAGGUAAACGGAUGAAUGCACACAUCAGAAUUAUCACUGUGGGAUGCAAGAAAGGCGCCGAGAAAUCAUCGACAGAAAGGAAUUGAGCUUGCAGCGCCUGUAUAAUCGGUGAAGUUAUGAAUAAAUAAAUAAUGGAUUAAUUGGAUGCAUUGCGGAUAGAUAAUAAUAAUUGAUGAGUGUGUUUGGUGGAAGAGGCCUUGAUAAUAAACUGUUUGAACAACAGCAAAAAAGGCGUCGCACUGAUUUAUGAUUUUGGCAUAGUGAGAAACCAAUGCUGAAAAGGCUCUCUGGUGAUAUUUAUAAUAAAUUGAGUGAAGCGCAUCUGUUGAGUUCAAAUGAAACGAGCAGCUGCGUAAGGGUGUGAAAAAGGAGCAAAAUUCUUCACGGGAGAUUUUGUGAAAAGUGAAAAGUUACGUGAAGAGGAAAUCGAUAAAGUUUUCAAUAUAGAAUUAAAACGAAUGAUAGAAACUCUUCAUGAGUUGCAGUAUUGAUGAUAGUGUUUUCUCGAGUGAUGCUGAGAUUAUUUUUUGGUCUGCAAAAAAGUAAAGCACAGAAGCGCACAAAAAGCCAAACCGGUAAAAGUGUUAAAUAAUUUGCAUAUAAAUUGGAUCUGAGGGUAGAGUGAAACAGGAAAAGUUGUUAAAUGGUUUAGUUACCAGGAAAAAAAAGUUGAAUGUGUGAAUUGAUUAGAAUUUGUGUGAGAGCUCCUACAAAAAGAUUUUAGCAUGGAGGAAGAACUACGCUGUCCUGUCUGCAAGCAACUGUUCUCGAGCCCGGUGUUGCUACCGUGCUACCAUGCACUCUGCCUAGCGUGUGCAGUGGACAUUCAGACAAGUGCCAACCAGGUCCAUGCUCACGCUCCAGCAAUUCAUUUGCAUCAACAACAUUCGCAAUCAUCGGCAUCCUCCGUCAGUACAGGCAGCUCUAGUACCACUGAAAGCGUAUCCUCCGAUCAAGACCAGGCUGAUAAAGUUAGCAUUCUCAGUGAGGCCGACUCUGGCGUUAUCUGCUGCACAUCCCGUCCAGGCUCAUACGCAGGUACUCCGAAUCUUCAAGGUCUUCUCUUCCCACCGUCCGGCACUGGUUCAGUUUUUUCCCUUGCUUGUCCCGUUUGUCGUAAAAUCGUAUUUUUCGACGAACUUGGCGCCAGAAACUUACCGCUGUAUCGUGCCAUGGAAUCCAUUGUCGAUCGGUUCUGUGAACGUGAAGCCCUGCGUUGUCAGAUGUGUGAAACGGAACCACCGAAGGUGGCCUCAGUUGUUUGCGAACAGUGUGAAAUACGUUAUUGCGAUGGAUGUCGCGAACUGUGUCAUCCGGCGCGUGGUCCAUUGGCUAAGCACACACUUACGAAGCCACGUGGCGCUUCUCAGCUUCGAGAGUCCAUCUGUGGCGAGCAUAACGAACCGCUAACGAUGUACUGUAUGGGAUGCAAGCUGCCAAUCUGCAACCAGUGCAUGGGCGACAACCGUCAUCAGUCACACGACCUGCAGUCGAUCAUGGCGAUGUGUAAAGCUCAAAAGACUGAACUAUCACACAACCUUCAGCAGCUCUCGGAAAAAGCUCGAUCAACGACAGAAUUCAUCCAAAGACUGAAAGGAAUGAGCGACAAGGUUACGGAAUCCUGCAUAGAGUUCGAACGACUGGUGACGUCACAGUGUGAAGCGCUGAUAGAAGCAAUUCACAGGCGGAGGGAAGUCCUGUUGGAGGCAAUUCGGCAGGAUAAAGACACCAAAAUUCGAACACUAAAGGAUCAACAAGCGAGCUGUACGGGCAAGCUGCAACAAACCACCGGACUAAUACAGUUCUGCAUCGAAGCGUUGAAAGAGACUGAUAGUGCGGCAUUUUUGCAGGUUGGCUCUAUGCUGAUCAACCGGGUUGCAAACACCGACAUGACGUGGCAUCAGGAGGUGACGAAUGCCGCACCCCGCGUUUCUCCUAUCGUCGAUCUCACCCUGGACGACAGCUCAGUCAUUCGGGCAAUUGACAAUCUCAACUUUAUUCAAAUGAAGCCUGCUAAGGAAGGAGAAGAACGACAGCCAGCAGUCCCCCUGGCACCGAUUAUCAUCCCCGAAGAUUGCUCCGCGGAAAACAACUCUGUAACUGUUGCAUGGCAGCCACCGAACCACUCGUUUGUACAGGGCUACGUACUGGAGCUGGACGACGGAAGUGGCGGAGAGUUUAGGGAAGUGUACUGCGGAAAAGAGACAAUCUGCACCGUCGAUGGGCUACACUUCAACUCGAUGUACAACGCACGGGUAAAAGCGUUCAACAGCACAGGCGAAGGCGAAUACUCUGAACUUAUUGGCUUGCAAACGGCGGAAGUGGCCUGGUUCACCUUUGACAUGGUACUCAGCGGCGGACCGUGUUCGGGGCUUAAUUUUUCCAACGACAAUCGGACAGUAUCGGUCGACGGUUGGGAGCAUCGGGUGGCUCUCGGGUCGGUUGGGUUUUCUCGCGGCGUUCACUACUGGGAGUUUACCAUCGACAAAUACACGGCCGACACCGAUCCCGCCUUCGGAAUUGCCCGGAUUGAUGUGGCCCGCGAUAAGAUGCUUGGAAAGGACGACAAAGGUUUUGCAAUGUACAUUGAUCGGCAGCGGUCAUGGUUCCAGCAUAACUCCGUGCACGAACGACGUGUGGAGGGCGGUAUCUCCACCGGCAGUACCAUCGGAGUCCUACUGGACCUCGAGCGCCAUACACUGCAUUUUAUCGUCAACGAAAUGCCGCAAGGUUCGGUUGCGUUCCGUGAUCUCUAUGGCGUCUUCUAUCCGGCUGUCAGUGUGAACCGUGGCGUCACAUUGACACUUCACACCGGCCUCGAUGCACCGCAUAUGGACUAUCACUGAAACGAACUGAAGGGUGACGACUAGCAGAGAGGACAGUUGCAAGCAAAUAUCGCAGAAAGCACUGCAGCAUGAGAAGGCGUGCUGGGCAUGCGAAUCAUCUGAGAUUUCUUUAAUUCAAAUUUUAUUUAAAUUAUUUUGCAACUCCUCACUCGGUACGUCACAACAAAAGACUUUCAGGGGUCGCGUAGUGGCGGUUCCACCUUCUCCAUUCCCGAGAUUCAUUUCUGUGAUGAUGCACAGCAAAGAUUACUCAUCGUCCGGCAGUCAUCCACAGAGAACCAAGGAAUGAAACUUCAUAUAGCACUCGAAGUGGCAGAGUGGGCAGAAAGAAAAGAAAAACAUAAUCAUGCUUUUGCAAUUUAUAAUGUACAAACAAGGUUUAAAGUUGUACCGUAAAAAUAAGAUGAAAUCCCGUUCCUUUAACCGUACUUUUGUAUAGUAGUAUGAAACGGUCAAGACGUCAAUAGAACUAGAAACAGAUAUGACAUGGCAGCAGCUUCGGUAGCAGUGAAGGGCGGUUAAGAAACGAGUAAAGUCGAAUUAAAUUGUUCUUGGUAUAUCCAAAGCAAGAAUCUGCUCGGGGAAAAAAAUAUAAAUAGAGUGGGCAACUACCGUCCCGAUAUCAUCGAUGCAUCUCAGCACUGUGAGUAAAACUAUACGAAAUUCACUCGCCCAAUUCCGAGUACAUAACCAGGGAACGGUAUCUAUAAUUUUUAAGACGAAUACACAGUGUGCAUGAUUCGAUAAAAAACAACGGAUCUCAGCAUACAGUGUUCUAUCGACUAUAGUUCCUAAGUAGUUUUUACUAUUAGCUCAGGCUCCGGUGUCGAUGAGAAUAACCGAGUUGUCGUCUCGGAAAAGUUCAUUUAUCGUUUACGUCAGGCCAGCAAUGUAGAGGACGGCAAAAGAAAAUCUGAUUGCUGAUACCAGAAGCACUAAUAGACAUGUUUUCUGAUUGCAAUCAUCGGUGCUUGAUUAGGCUACACAGCAUUGAAGUUUGACCAACGAUUCGUCCCAGUCCGGCUGUAGAUUGUGUACUUUUCGUCUUUAUUACGCUUAACAAAACAAAGAAUCGUAUUAUUUGCGAGGUAGUUCGUUGCUAGUUGUCACCGUGACAAUGUGUCCAUUACCUCUGUUUUGCUUCUUUGGUUUGCAAAUUGCAUCUCCCCGCAUUCACGGUCACUCGUUUGCAUUUGAUAAAUGGGGCCCCAUUAUACUUAAUUACCAACCCUGAGUGUUGCUACCCGCUGCCAUUUCGGAUGUGUGUCCAGAUUUCCUCGGUAUUAUGCGGGGAUAGCAAACCGUAAACGAAAGUAGAAUUUAUUAUUCAAUGGAGGGAAUUUAAAUUCAUUCACCAACUCAAGCGCAGUAAAUAAAUUAUGAAAACAAAUCGGCUGUAAAUAUUGUAUCAUAAAUUAACGAUUGCCGUUGAUGGCGAACGGCGCGCGUUGAAUAGUCCAAAGCCCCAAUGCAUCAAUCAAAAUCCCAUUAAUCAACAUUCGUUCAAUUAUGUGGAUCAGUGGAUUCGACCGUUACAGCCAAAUUCACUGGUGCUAGACUCGAUUCUUCCAGUUGAAAGAUCAGCUACGGUUGUUUUAUACUUCUGUAAACCAGCAAUAACAAUAGUAGCCAGCAAACUGCAUUCGGAAUGAACUUCUGAAUCCGUCAGUCCGAAUAGGCAUGUUGGAAAAAACUGAAAAUCAAUUCAUCUUUUAACACCAGUAGUGGCAGCUUUCUAAGCUAAUACAUAUUAUAUUAAUGCACAUCACACUAGAACAAGACUAGAAAAUUGGAUUGAAUUUCGCGUACCCACACAGUAUUACUUUGAUACUUCACGGAACCCGCAAUGUUGUUCAUAUUACUUAUUACCUUAAAAAUACUCGUUUGCACUGAACCCCAAAGUUAGUUUGAUGCUCUUUGAUAUAUUCUGAUGUAUUGAUGAACAAGGAGAUAUAUUUUUUUUUUCAAACAUUUCAGUAUUGUUUACAAUGGAGCAUUUCACCACCAAAUACAUUUGACGAUGUUUCAGUCAAGUCUGCGUUCUUGCACUCAGGCAUGAAUUCCGUAACAUAUUCACUACUUCCAACCGCUCUAGGAUGCGUAAUGCUGAUAUAGAUUAGUAUUAUUACAGGCGUAAUGUUCGAUUCCAAGUCGGCAAAGAUUAUUGAAGUUGAUGGAACCAAAACGAAAAACCGGUUGAAAAUUUUCUAAAGCAAAAUAGGUUCUAAUUGCGCCUAGUGUAAUUCGGUUUGAGUCAUUAGAUAAGCUCAGUGAUUUUACUCUUAAAAACAACAACGAUCAAACAAAAAAACCCAUGAUUAUAAAAUGUAUCAACACUAGCGGUUUUUGUCGAUAAUUUUUCAAUUACUACUGCUUAAAAAACUGAAUUCAUUUCAUUGUAUCGAUGUGAUUUUCUACACGAUUAAAGAACAAUAUUAUUACCGCUUGCGGCAACAACCAAUUAAAUCCUCGGUUGAUGCAAACACACCACCAGGAAUGCCAGCAAACAAAAUCGCCUGUCUUUAACCGCAUAACGAGCAAUCAAUUAUUCAUACGGCGAUGGCUCUAUUGCUGUGCCUCGUGACUUCAUGGAUCACUUGUAUGUUUUGUGUCGUUGUACAAUCAAACUAACAACGGGGGUCAUGCAAACGGAUGCCAAGACAAAUAAUAAAUUCCACUGACCUCUCUUAGUCCAAAGGGAAUUGCGUACAUACAUACCAAAAAGCAAACAAUCACACAGAAACACAAAAACGCAGCGAUAAGCGAUCAAUUUUAUCACCAUCGUCAUCAUCAUUAUCUUAAUUCAGAUUCGAUUUGAGAACUAAAAAUAUCAUCAUUUUUGUUUUUGUACAUUUGUAAAUGACUAUUAAAUUAUUGCCUCACUUGACUUAGUACGCAAAGCUAUUUGAACACAUCAGAAAAAAUGCAAACAGUAUUUGAUAGCAUAGAAAAAGUAAGUCAUCGCACGUAGGAGUAGUAAAUUGAAAUGAAAUCAUUGCAUUCACUGAUGUUUGUAUAACAAGUAAACGAUCUAAAAGACAUACGCAAACACCUAGAGCAAAUUAAUCGUCAGUAAGUGUAGGGUAAAACAGACCAGCAUCACAAAACUAUAUGCAGAUCGAAAGUACAGGUCAAUGGAAAUAGUUGAGCUUCUCGUCUCGUCAAAUGUGACGACAUUUUUUUUUUCGAUAAACAAUUGAACAUUGAAGCAAAUAUAACCCAUGCAGAGAGGUGUGAUGGUGCCCAAAAGUAUUAGCUGCCAGACAAUUUUAAUCCGUGUGGUGAAAAUUUUACAUUAAACAACUGAAUAUAACACUAUGUAAUUAUAAUACGAUAACUAAUUUAUUGAUACAUAAAUCUAUUAUACGGUACCGAAUGAAAAAAAAAAAAAACAAAAACAACACAAAAAUACUACAAGCACUAACGAAAUACGGUCAUAUUCCGUAGUUCUAUCGAAUUAUAAUGAAAAUAGUUUAAAA